ACUGAGCGACUACGUCAACUGUUGUUUGUAAACUUCCGGGUUUCAGCAGCUGAUGCUAAGUGUUUUGCCAGCCGCUCGCUGAUCAAAACAAUGGAUUAAAUCGCAAAAUAGCCCCCAAACUAACAACUACAUACGUGCUAAUAUAUAGCGCAUUUAUAGAGUUUAUAUAUAGAUUGACUGCGACGUGUAGCUAGCUGCCGUUAGCCCCGCACUUCCUCGUUAUCAUGGCGACCAGCUACAACGCGAAAGACGAGGACGGACACAUCACCGUGUCCGGACCCAGCGGCGGGACCCUGCGGAGCAAGAAGCCCGAAAACACGGCGUUCAAGCAGCAGAGGCUCCCCGCCUGGCAGCCCAUCCUCACGGCCGGCACCGUCCUCCCUGCCUUCUUCAUCAUCGGCCUCAUCUUCAUCCCCAUCGGCAUCGGCCUCUACGUCACGUCCAACAACAUCAAGGAGUUUGAGAUUGACUACACUGGCGUGGACAUGUCCAGUCCCUGCUUCAACUGCUCCCAGAGCUUCAGCUGGAACAGCACAAGGCCGUGUACCUGCACCAUCCCGUUCUACCUGGAUCAACCGUACGAGAGCAACGUCUUCAUGUACUACGGCCUCUCAAACUUCUACCAGAACCACCGUCGCUACGUCAAGUCCAGAGACGACAACCAGCUGAACGGAGACCCCGAGUCUCUCAAGGGUCCCAGUAAGGAGUGUGAGCCGUACGCUAAACACGACAACAAACCCAUCGCACCGUGUGGAGCCAUCGCCAACAGCAUGUUCAACGACACGUUGGAGCUGUUUUACAACGACCCCAACGGCACGAAGAUCCAAAUCCCUCUGAACAAAACGGGAAUCGCCUGGUGGACGGACAAACACGUGAAGUUCAGGAACCCCGAGGGAAACAACCACAACCUCACCGCCGUUUUUCAAGGAACAACGAAGCCGGUGAACUGGCGCAGACCCGUGUACGAGCUGGACGACGAUCCGGAGAACAACGGCUUCAUCAACGAGGACUUCAUCGUGUGGAUGAGAACCGCCGCCCUGCCGACGUUCCGCAAACUCUACCGCAUCAUCCCGAGGAAGAGCAGCAUGGUUCCCACGCUGCCCAGCGGGAACUACACCCUGGAGGUGGUCUACAAUUAUCCCGUCCGCAGCUUCGAGGGCAGGAAGCGGAUGAUCCUCAGCACCAUCUCCUGGAUGGGAGGCAAGAACCCGUUCCUGGGCAUCGCCUACAUGACCGUGGGCUCCGUCUGCUUCUUCCUGGGCGUCGUCCUGCUCAUCAUCCACCACAAGUACGGAAACCGCAACAACAGCGCCGACAUCUCCAACUGAGAGCCACCCCACCCCCCCCCCACCCCCCCCAUCGGCUGCACUGAUCCCGUCGCUUUAAGUGUUCAAAGUGUUUAUUUGCCAAAGUUAAAUGGGAAAAACUUGCCAAAAAAAUGAGCAGCAAACAAAAAGAAACUGAACUGGUUUGAGUUUUCUUGAGGAUCACUAACAAGAACCAGGUUAAUCUAAACAUCCUCCAAUCAUAAACGAGUAUCUGGUCAUUAACAGACACUAGUUAGUCAGUUUCAGGUGGACUCCUCCCACAAAUGUUCCUUAAAUUAAACCCGACUCUCCACCUGUCCUUAAGAACUGAAGACACUAUAAAGUCCUGACCACUACGUCACCAAACAUCCACAUUGGACAGAUGCUGUUUCUAUUUUAAGACACUACAGAGACGUGGGUUUGGUUCAUGGCCUUGACCUAAAAUAGGUAACUACAAGAAAUCAGGCUCGACUGACGUCUGAUAUCGAUCCGAUCAGUUUAAACAAUGUUUAGAUCGACUUCACUCCAGCAGUAAAAAAGGUCAAUUUCAAUCCCAUUUUCUCUCCUAAGAUCUCAUCCCUCAUCUCUCACGCUGUAUUAUUUGGCAUAAUAGGUCAAUUAACCGAUUAGUCAAGACAGAAAAUACUGUAAAUGCUCCGAUUUAAACUCAUCCUCGUCCGCUGAGAUCAGAUUUUAACGUCCAGCAGCUGAAACAAACCGAACCCAAACCAGGAUCCUUUAACGUGGCGCCUUCAGGAUCCCUGAAGGUGCAGAGGAGAUGAGCCGGACUGAUGCCGCAUGCUGAUCUGCAGAGACGUGAUCGUCUUCGUGCCUCGUUUCGUCUGUUACGUCGUCCUCCUCUGGGAGUCCGAGCACUUUAAAACACAGAAUACGUAUUAAAUGUUUGCUUUGUGAACCCUGCACUUGCACGUCAGACCUCGGAGGGUUUGCAGACUAAAGCUGAACUACAGUUUAUCGUUAACAAGCAGAAAAAAUAAUACUAAUAAACUCUAAAUACAAGCAUGAGAACAGUGUGUGUCAGUACAUGUGAAUAAAUGUUUGUGUGUUAACAUUUAUGCUCCGGCUCUAAACGCUUAUGUUCAGUAGAUGCUGCCUGUUGAAAUGUGCCGACUGUUUUUAUUUCUUUUACAUUUUUUCAUUUGUUUGUUAUCGAUGUGAGAUGCACUGGAUUUGACUUUUGUUUUUGAUACUGUGCCUCGUCCUGUGAAUAAAAUUUGUCUUUAAAAACA